ACCAUAAACCCUAAUUCCCACUCUCUCUCUCUCUCUCUCUCUCUCUCGCCAUGAAUCGAGCGCUCUUCAAGCUCGCCCAUGGCUUCACGCGCACCCUCAUCUCUUCUCCAUUGCCUCGGCCCAACUCCAUCUUCCCUCUCGUCUCCAUUCCCAAAUCCUUCUUCUCGUCUGAAUCGCAGCCCCCACCCUCGAAACCCACAUCCUUGGCCGAGGCUCGCCAGUCUGGCACCCUCGUUGAGGAUGUCAGCAACGAGGAGCUGAACCGCCGCAUCCAGCUCUACUUCAAUGGCGACGAGGAGGCCCUCCCCUCCAUCAUGGAAGCCAUCCUCGCUCGGAAAUUGUCCGGAAAGCAUGAGGACACCGAUGAGGAACUCGUGGAGGAGCUUCAAAUGCGGCCUCUCGAGAAUGUCAAGGACCGCGAGUUCGAGUCCGACUUCGAGGAGGCUCAUGAGACGGAUGAGGAUAUCCCGGAUCUCUACAAUGCGAGGGAUUAUGUCCAGAAUAGGAUGGCCAACGAUGAGUUCUUCAAUAUGGAUGAUGAGAAGUGGAAUGACAUGAUCCGCGAGGCGACGGAGAAGGGGUUCCUGAAGGACACCAAGGAGUGUGAGGAUAUUUUGGAGGACAUGCUCAGUUGGGACAAGCUUCUUCCUGAUGAGAUAAAGCAAAAGGUGGAAGCCAAAUUCAAUGAAUUAGGUGACAUGUGUGAAAGAGGAGAAUUGGAGCCUGAGCAAGCUUAUGAGCUAUUCAAGGAGUUUGAGGACAAGGUGGUUGCCGAAUGUGCGGAGCUAACGGCGCAUGAGCUUCCUGAAGAAGAUAUUUCUGAAUCAUCAAAGAAUGUAAGAUUAGAUGAUCCCCCUGGUGAAGGGCCCAUUCUUAGAUGGGAAUCACGAGUUGUGUUUGCUCCUGGUGGGGAUGCAUGGCAUCCAAAAAACAGGAAAGUAAAACUUUCAGUGACAGUGAAAGAGCUGGGGCUUUCACGGGCUGCUUUCCGUCGAUUAAGGGAACUAGUUGGAAAACGUUAUAAUUCGGGUAAAGAUGAGCUCACAAUCACCAGUGAAAGGUUUGAGCACAGGGAGGAGAAUAGGAAGGACUGCCUGAGAACUUUAUAUGCCUUAAUAGAGGAAGCUUCAAAGGCCACUAAACUAGUGGAAGAAACUCGAAAUGCUUAUGUGAAAAAUCGUCUUAAAUCCAAUCCACAAUUCAUGGAGAGAUUAAAGGCCAAGACUCAGAAGAUGCAAGGACAAUCAACCUCCACAUAAGGUUUCUCUUCAUCGAUCAAUGGAUUAAAAUACUUCAUCAUGUGCUGAUGUAGUAUCACAUACCCCAAAACAAGGUCAUGCUUUUACUCAAUUUAUCUUGUAAUGGAGAUGACAUUUUUGAGCCUUCUUAACAUCAAAUAACAGUAAAUUUACCUCCUUU